GUAGAGGGAGGGCGGGGGUGUGUGGUGAUGGGUGUGCUGGAGGACGGGGAAGGGCUGGGAAUAAGAAAGGGAAGGCAAUGUGCGAUGGGGAGUGUGAACAUUCUACUGCCUCCGUCUCCAGCCAUUACCUCCUCCGGACGGCUGCAGCUCCGCGCGGCCUACACGGGCCCACUCCAGCCUCGGCCUGGAUUUCUGGAGCUGCCGUCUCUCCCCAACCUCCACCCCCGGGCAGGUCACAACAUCACCCGGUCAACGCGAAUGAUUGACAGACGACCCAACCAAUCAGCACACAGCCUGCUUCACUGAUGGGCAUCAGUCUCUGCCAAUAGAGUUGCAGAGUCCCUCCCGAUUGACAGCGUCUGAAGCAAUAGAAACAAGGCAUACUUCCAUGACAACCAAUCGGAGUGGAGGGAAGGAAAACUGCCAUCUGUACCCGGUCUGGUCUACAUACCACUUCAUGGUAAACAGAAGUGACUGGAAUUUACAAAAUGGAUAAAAUUGAAAUGGAUGUAGCAUUCAGAACAAAACAGAUGUCUGGAGAUUUCCUGAUCUACACCACCCACCUGACCCACAUCCCAAACUAUCCUGGGUCUGUCAUUGUGCGAACCAAUGGGGCUGUCAUUCCCAUUGAGUGUCGUUAUUUCAGGAAGGGCAAUGUGAGCAGUAACCCCAUCAAGCCCACCUGGAUCCCAUUCAGCUCCACCAGGUCUGGAGAAGGGCAUCUGUCAUUCUCCCUGCAUCUCAUGAAUGGUGACUGGCUUACAGAGCGCACUUCCACUGUCUACUCCCUGGGAGAACUCAUUCACAUUGAGGCGUCUGUUUCAAUGGACAAUCACAUGGCCCUGAAGCUGUACAUUGACCGCUGUGUCGCUACACUGAGCCCAGGCAAGGACUCCAGCCCCAGAUACAGCAUCAUUGACUACAAUGGUUGCCUCGUGGACAGCAAAGCUGAAGACUCCUUUUCGACCUUUGUGUUGCUGAGAGACCAGCGGGAGCCGGACAAGCUCAGGUUUGACCUGGAUGCCUUCCGCUUCUAUGGAGAUGAGCGUUCCUUGGUAAGAGGAAGCUGCUGACUGGCUUCUCCCCACAGGGUG